AUGAUUAAUUUUUCGAUUGUCGCCGGUGUUCUCAAAGUCGGGGUCAAAACCCCUUCUUCUCCCCGUUCUUCUGUUGCAGCGAUGUCACCGGACCACCACCCCUCCGCUGUGGAAGCUGGGAAUCACGAAACUGAUGCGGUCAUUGCUUCCGUUGCUACUGAAGACGAAAAACCUCCUCCUCUCCUAAUUUCUCUCCACGUGACUACGUCACCGCUGCCGUCCGGAGGACCACCAUGGCAGUCGGCCAUGGUGGCUGCCACUGUUAACGAAGCUGCUGUCGCCGUUUCUUGUGCUACUGCCGUCGCCGCCCACCAUAGAACUGGUGGUUGCCGCCAUUGGCCGCUGUGUCGGGUGGCGGUGUGCUUUGAUUGUGGUUGGACCUCGUUUGGGGGAUGUUUGGACAAUAUCAGAACAAUGAAACCCUAA